AUGCGCUUCUCAAGUCUCCACAUUCUUGCCGCCGGGCUCCUCUCGGGCCCGGGAUUGGUCUCGGCUGCGAGACACGUCCGCCGCGGCGUCGUGUGCUACUUUGAGAUGCCCGCAGCGAGCGGUGAUACUUGCGAUAGCCUUGCGUCCAGCUGGGGUAUCUCGGUUGACCUCUUCAAGAACAUCAACCCGGGGGUUACCUGCCCCAAUCUCGAGGCCGGCAAGUCGUACUGCGUGAUCGGCGAGUACACUCCUGACGCGACUAGUACCUCUACGUCUUCGCAGCCUCAGAGUACCACAAGCAAGACUUCUACUACUACCACCAAGUCCUCGACCACGCUGUCCACGACCACUAGUCCUUCAGCCACCCCGAGCAUCUACCCUACCAUGCCCGGGAUUGCCGAGAACUGUGAUCGUUUCUACAAGAUCAAGUCUGGUGACACCUGUGAUGCCAUUGCUCAGAGCAAUAGCAUUACCCUGGACCAGCUGAGAAGCUGGAACACCGAGAUUAACGCCUCAUGCUCCAAUCUGUGGCUUGACUACUACAUCUGCACCCAUGUCCCCGGAGCUGUGCAGCCGUCGACUACUUCCACUGCGCCCACGCCAAGCAACUCCCCCACUAUGCCUGGCAUCGCCGAGAACUGUGAUAGUUUCUACAAGAUCAAGUCCGGCGACACCUGUGAUGCUAUCGCAUCGAGCAAUGGCAUCACCGUCGCCCAGCUGAGGUCUUGGAAUACUGAAAUCAACGCUGGCUGCUCGAACCUUUGGCUCGACUACUACAUCUGCACUCAUGUCCCCGGAGCUGCUCAGCCGUCUACCACCUCUUCUGCCCCGACGCCAAGCAAUUCUCCUGUUCUACCCGGAGCCGUAUCGAACUGCAACAAAUGGUACAAGAUCGUCUCUGGCGAUACUUGUGAGAAGAUUGCCGCGAAGAACACCAUUACUGUCGACCAGUUCCGAAGCUGGAACACCCAGAUCAACACCAGCUGCAACAAUCUUUGGCUUGACUACUACGCCUGCGUCGGCGUUCCUGGCGCCGCCACACCCAUGCCCGACAUUGUGUCGAACUGCAGCCGCUUCUACCUUGUUGUUUCUGGCGACUCGUGCGAUGUCAUUGCACAGAAGAACGGCAUCACCGUGGCCAACUUCAAGCGCUGGAACCCGUUCAUAAACGCCGCGUGCACGAACCUGUGGGCUAACGCCUUGGUUUGCACCAAUGCGCCUUAA